AGGUGAUAGAUGCGCUGUAUCAAACACUGUUCCCUGCAACACUGAUUACACCAAGGAUGAUAGAGCGGAUUAUACAGCGGGAGGAUUACAUACCGGGUCGCGUUUUGCAUAAACAAAUGGCGGCCGUGACGUUCCGUUACGUACUACACGUCAGUCCAUUUGAUUUCGGAAGAGUGUUUUUUCUUGCUCCUCUAGUAUCUUUACCGGGAACCAGGAAGUUGCCGAAAUGCCUUCCAAGGCACAGAGUGAGAAUUGGUCGGAUGAGACAAUUUGCUCCAUCUGCCUUGAAUUCUUCACCGAUCCGGUUUCACUGGAGUGCGGCCACAAUUUCUGUCGCCACUGCAUCACUCGGUGCUGCGAAACGAAUAGUGUGAAUUGCUGCCCGGAGUGCAGGCACGAAUUUCCGGGUAUCCCUUCCGCGAUCAACUGGGCCCUGGCGAGUCUGGCCGAGAAAGCACAAAAGUUAAAGCAUAGCCAGACGGAGAAGAAAAGUAAACUCCUCUGCGAGGAACACGAGGAAGAGCUGAAGCUGUUUUGUGACACAGACAAGAAACUGAUCUGUGUGAUUUGCCGGGACUCGCGGGAACACAAGUCUCACAACUGUAUACCGAUUAAGGAAGCUGUCGAAAUCUACAAGGAUCAGAUGAAAUCCACCUUCAUCUCUCUCUCCAAGAAGAUAUCAGAAUUCCAGGAAAUGGAAUUGCAGCAGAAACAGACGAUUAGUAAGAUUAAGAAACAAUCACGCUACCUACAGACUCGCGUGGCUUCAGAAUUCGCUGAAGUGCACAAGGUUCUCACCGAUAAAGAACACAGCUUAAUCAAAGGCCUCAAGGAAGAAGAGAUGAAAUUCGUCAGCAUAAUGGAAAGAAAUAUUAAAUACAUUCAAGAUAAAUUAAUAUCAAUCCAAGGGAAGCUGGCAAACGUGCGAAAACAGAUGAAGCAGAAAGAUGGAGCUAUCUUCCUGAAGGUGAGUGUCCAAAUGCACUCCUCUAUCAGAUAGCUCCUCUAUCAACUCGUUGGUGCAACAGGCAGUGAAGAAAGCGAAUGGCAUGUUGGCCUUCAUAACAAGAGGAGUUAAGUAUAGGAGCAAAGAAGUCUUUAUGCAGUUGCACAGGGCCGUAGUGAGACCACACCUGAAGUAGUGUGUGCAGUUUUGGUCUCCAAAUUUGAUGAAGGACUUUCUUGCUAUUGAGGGAGUGCAGCUUAGGUUCACGAGGUUAAUUGCCGGGAUGGCGGGAAUGUCAUAUGCUGAGAGAAUGGCGCGGCUCGGCUUGUACACUCUGGAAUUUAGAAGAGAUGAGAGGGGAUAUGAACCCUACGUAGGCAAGUGGGACCAGCGAAGCAUGGAACAUGUUGGCUGGUGUGGGCAUGUUGGGCCGGGGGACCUGUUUCCAAGAUGUGGUUCAUAUUGUAGUCCAGGUUUGAGGGCCGUCUCUUAUGGUGAGCAAAACAAGCGCUGUCUCUCAAAUCGAAAUUACCUUUUUUUCCAAUUAAAAAGGCUCAUGAAAAAAUUAAGGUUGAUUGUUCAAAUUCAAUCAGCUCUGAUUUUUUCUGUCGUAAUCUAGGUUAGACUUCCGCUUCCUGUCGGUAGCCCAUGCUUUCCCUCUCCCUCCAUUCCCGACCCUUCCCAGUUCACCGACCAGUUUGACUGCCCUUCUGAUUACAUAGUUUCCCUGUCUGCUUUGUUCUCACCUUCUCCCAACUAACGAUGGUCUAUGCAACAUUUUCCUUGAUAGAGUCAUCGA